AUGACCCACGCGCCAGAGAAGAUCGGCCGCGCGUUGCGGUGGCUGACGCAGGGGCCACUGCAGAUGACUUCUGAGCAGCUGGGGAAGGCACUGGCCAAGAAGCCCUUGGUCUACCUCUUGGACCCUGAGAGCUCCUACCAGAAGGCCCUCCAGGUGGCGCCAGAGCAGUGGCGCUCCGCGGAAGCGCUGCAGGCGCUGCUCAGGAGGGAGCCACAGGUCUUGGACCUGACGCACAAUUGUUUGCUCACUGACCCCGCGGAGCGCGUCAUCAACGAGGAUGGGCAGGCGGUGCACUGUGAUGGCAAGUGCACCCACUGCUGGCGCACCGCCAGCCCGAAGCUCAUGGGCCAGGUGCUGGAUGGAGUCGAGGAGCUCAAGGCGGAGGGCCUGCACUGCGUCGACCUGGAGAUGCUCCGGGGCUUUCUGCGGCAGAUCCUGGAGCAGCGAAGCAAGGCGUGGGACAGCUGCGUGGCAGAUGCCUGCAAGAAGCUGGCGCGGCGCCCGAGCGGCGCGGAGUUCCAGCAGCUUGCGGAGCAUCUGCGUCGCACCGGGGCAGCGCCGUCGCGGGAGCGCCUCAAAAGCGAGGCCCGGGAGGUGAGGAAGGCCUUGCGCCUGGUGCGCGCAGAGCGGCUGCUGCUGCCGCGGCUGGAGCAAAGCUUCCGAGGGGAAAGGCGGCGCCUGGCGCCGCUCGGCGGUUUGCAGUCGGAGGCGCCCUGGAACUGCGUGGCGCUGCGCCCCGAGGAGGGCUCCGACGAGCUGGGCCUGGAGCUGCUGCUGUACCACGGCUGCCGCGCCCGGAGCCUCGAAGGCAUCCUGCGGUCCGGCUUCGACGCCGCCUUUGCCGGGGAGCGCGGGGGCCGGUUCUUCGGGCCAGGCAUCUACUUCAGUGACGUCGCUGCCAAAGCGCGGAGGCUGCGGUGGAGGUGGAAGAAGGUGAAAGGACGGCAGACGAAAGCCAGCUGUCCCGGAGCCGGUGGAAGAGAGAUUGAAGACAAGGUGGAGAUCCAGGAGAAGUACGUGAACAUUGACUCGUACUUGUACAUCAAGUUUGCGGUGAAGUUUGCGCUGCAAAGAAGUGUUGUGUGCAUUGAGGAGCUCUUCUGGGCAAUGGCGAACCAGUUGGAGCAGAUCAGAGAUGUCCUGGCAGAUUUGGUGCGAGGACAAGCGAAUGCACAAUGGAGCAGGCAUGUGAAGCAGCCAGAAGUCUUCAAGCCUGACACAAGAGAGCAAGAACUCAAGCAGUGGAGUGAUUGGAGGUUCACCUUGGAGAACUACGUGAAGAGCGUAGAUGUGAUGAUGCACACGGAGAUGAACAUCAUCUCGAACAACGCUGAGGCCGAGAUUGAGUGGAACCGCCCGCUCAAGUUGAUCAGGUACAUGCCCCAUGAGAAUGGGUACGAGGCCUGGAGAAUCCUGAUUGUGGACAUUCAGCCCAGCACUAGGCAGAGGUCAUUGGCUCUGAUGACCCAACUCUCGAGGGUGAGCUUUGCACCCAACAGGAGCAUCAGUGAGCAGCUUCCAGCCUAUGAAGCCCUGAUCCAGGAGUAUGAGAGAAUCAGCAGUCAAGGCUAUCCAGAUGACUUGAAGGUGACGGCCAUCUUGGCCGCAUGCCCUGAAGCCAUGAGGACCCAGUUGCAGAUGAUGGUGGACGAUAACACGACCUAUGAGACUCUCAAGGGUCGCAUCAUCCACUAUGAGUCCAUCACGACGAAGUGGACAGGAGAAGGUGGACUGCUCAUGCCUAAGACGCAGGAAGGUCCACAAGACAUGGAUGUGGGCUACCUUGGCAGCCACCAGAAGGGAAAGAAAGGUAAAGGCAAAGAUGGAACAGGAAAGAAGGGCAAAGGCAAGAAGGGCAACCCGCAGUACUAUGAGUACCAGCAGAAAGGAAAAGGAAAAGGCAAGAAUGGAGGAUGGAAAGGAAAAGCCAAAGGAGACAAAGGAGGAAAAGCAAAAGGAGGCAAAGGUGAAUGCUGGAACUGUGGGAAGACAGGUCAUCAAGCAAAAGAUUGCUGGAGCAAGAACGUCAAUAGGCUGGAAGAGGAGUCGCAAGCAGGUUCGACAGCGAACGCGAGCUCUAUGGCAUCGUCAAGCAGUGCAAGUGCUUCUGGAGCAGCCACAGCGAAUGUGAGAAUGAUCAGGAUGUUCACACCCCCGCAUAUGAACGAGACUCGCAUCUUCCAUCUCACAGCUGGAGAUGAUGAUGAGUUCAUGCAGAGCAUCAUGGAGGUCGAUGAGAGCCAGAUCUAUAUGGUCGAGGCAGAUUAG